GAGACGCGUAGCGGCCACAUGUGAUCAUGUGAAUCUGCAGAGAGGCUGAAAACAUGGUGGAAAAGAGUGACAUCCGCGUGGUUCGCUGCGGCGGCAGCAAAAUAAACUUUAGACCUCCUAUCAUCUCGCAUGACUCCAGGUUUGUGUUGUGCGUCUCUGGAGAUUCAGUGAAAGUCUAUAGCACACGUACAGAAGAGUGGCUUCAUAAUUUGCAGGGCCACAACAACCAAGUAACCGGCAUCGCCUUCAAUCCAGCCAAUCAGCUGCAGGUUUAUUCUUGCUCAGCAGAUGGCACUGUUAAACUGUGGGACUUUAUCGAUGGCAUCCUUAUCAAGACGUUUGUCAUUGGAUACCCUUUGUAUUCACUAUACGUGUCUGAGAAACACGAAGGGGUCAUUUUCCUUAUUGUUUCCAUGGGUACAGAGUCCAACAAUGAGAGUUUUCAGUUGGUUGCUGUACAUCUGCCCAAAUCAGCAGAGCAGGAGGUGGAGGCCAAAGAACUGUCCACUGUUGCCAGUAAAAUCAGCCCAAACCCCAGCUGUACGACCUUCGGCAGAGGGGGGGAAUUCAUAGCAUUUUCCAGGCUCCUCCAGCUUAAUGUUUAUUUCUUCAGGAAGCAGAAGACAUACAGUUUUUCCCUAAAAGCCACAGAUAAGAAAGCAGCCAAAAAUGCAUUUACAUGCAUAGCCUGUCACCCAACAGACGACUGCAUAGCCAGCGGUCAUGAAGAUGGAAAGAUCCGCCUCUGGAGAAACUUCAAUCACAAGAAAGAGUACACGUAUUCCACAAAGCACUGGCAUCACGAUGCUGUCAACCAUUUGUGCUUUACUCCAGAAGGCUCUAAUCUGCUGAGUGGAGGCAUCGAGUCUGUGCUCGUCCAGUGGCAGUAUGGAGAUAUGAGCAAAAAAGAGUUCCUGCCCCGACUCGGAGGAUCCAUUUCGCAUGUGUCUGCAUCAGCUGACGGCCAGUUGUUUUGUACCGCACAUUCAGACAACAAGAUCUCCAUUAUCGAGAGCAGUUUUAAAGUGUCCGGCCUGAUUCAGGGUUUAGUCAGAGGAGAUGCUGUUUCGACUGAUCUAAUGAUUGACCCGCGCAGUAAAGCUUUAGUGCUCAAUGGGAAACCGGGUCAUCUGCAGUUUUACUCUCUCCUACGUGACAAGCAUCUGUACAAUCUGGACAUCGUGCAGCAAGAGUAUAUUUAUGAAGCGGGUCUGGAUCAGUUUGAAGUGGUCAAGGCUGUAUUUGAUGUAAAAGGGUCCUGGCUCGCUACAGUGGAGGAAAGAGGACAAAAAACUUCAGAUCUUGAGUUUUUCCUCAAACUAUGGGCUUUUGAUGAGACGACGCAAAGCUUUGUCCUGAACACCACCGUCACUGAGGCCCACAGCGAGCGGAUUACAUCCAUGUGCUUCAGCUCUUCAGACGAGACCACCAUGCUGGUGACCACAGCCCAGGACGGCCAGUUCAAAGCCUGGUGUCAGACUGCAGACGCUCAACAGGCCCAGAACUACUGGUCAUGUGAUUUCGUGGGCAGUUAUCAUAACCUGAAGCCAAAGAACUGCUGUUUCUCAGCUGACGGCUCCAUCCUGGCUGUGAGUUUUCAAGAAGUCCUAACAUUAUGGAGCCCGGAGAGCUGGGAACUGCUCACCACACUCUGCCAACCACCUGGAGAAAUAAGGGACCUUUGUUUCGGCCGGUUAAGCUGCUCCAAAUACCUGCUUAGCACCACCACCAAGAACCUGCUCUGCUGCUGGAAUCUCCUCACUUGUGCAUUGGAAUGGAGCACAUCUGUGGAUGUUUCCAGGCUGCAGUCGGACCCUUUGUCAGAAAACGUGGCCGCUUUUUCAUUCGAGUCUAAACAUACAGACUUGUUUGUGUUUAAGCCCAGCGAGCCGCGGCCUUUGUUCAGCCAGAGAAACGUGUGUUCAGAAAAAGUGGAUCGAGCUGUGUUUGUUCCUCGAGAAGAGCCGUUCAACAGUUGUGAUGAAAGCUGUCAGUGGCUCAACAGAUCUCAGCUCUACUUCCUCACACAAAACAUGGAUUUGUUGACCUUCAGCUCAGCAACAGAAGAGGACAGAAUGUUGUCUUCUAGUAAGCGGCUUCUGAUUGAUGAGAGUGUUGCUGUAACACCGUUUUACCUGCUGUUGGGCAAACACCGAAAACAGCAGCACAAGCUCAACACAGAGACUCAAGCACCAGCAGACAAACCACCACACACACAGGGAUCCGCCGCCAUCAAACAGUUGUUACACACACCAGCUCAUGUCCUGCCUGCUGCUUCAGUGCUGUGCUCCAUGUUUGUCAGGUCCCUCUUGAUCUCCAACUCUGGAGUGCGGGAGGAAAUGGACUCCUCGGAGCAGGAAAUGGACAGCGAGAAAGAAGAAGAGGAAUCUGAGGAGGAAAUGGAAGCAUGUGAUGGUCAUCAGGAGCUCAGAGCGCAGGGUUCAGUGGACGAGCAGAAGCCUAAACUCUCUAAAGCUCAAGAAAGGGAACUCAAGAGGCUCAGAAAGACUGACUUCAGCUGGAUGACCUGCCUUGUUGACUCCAAACCAUGAUCAUGCAGUUUCGGUCACGUUUUUUUUUUAAUUCUACCCAACUAGCUUCUGUACGGUAGCUUGUGGCUCGAUGAGAAAUUUUUGUAACUAGGACAAGAAUGCAUUUUGUACGUCCGAAUGUUAAUGUUUAUCCCAGUUGCAUAAGCAAUAAUUUAUAAAGACCUUUUGAACAAUG